UUUGUUGAACACAUCCGGGGUGGCCCCAAUUUCCCAGAUAGUGUUUGUUUAUCGCAGUUCUCUCUCCAGGAGUGGAAAGCCAAUACAUUCACACAGCAUCUAAUAGUAUCUACAUAAACGAAGCUUUGUGUACAGUUAUGUGAUGUCUAUGUAAUACUGUGAGGUGACAUCAUGGCGGAUGAUCAUGAGUGGGUGCUUGAAAGCAUCGCAGGAUAUCUGAGCAGCCCGGACUGGAUUAUUCCCGUCACGAACUUCACGGAGAACAAUUGCUCAGUGUUUGAUGAUGAAGAUGAGAAUAAACUGACUUACACAGAGAUCCAUCAGCAAUAUAAACAACUGGUGGAGAGGUUACUGGAGAACUACAUGCAGGAGGUGGGGAUUACCGAGGAGCAGUUUCUAGAAGCUUCAUCCGCUCUUACAGCUAAGAAAACUUUACAGGCUGUUUUACAGCCGGUUCUUGCUACAGAUGAUUUUCAGAUGUUUCGCUCUCUGAUGGUUCAGAAGAACAUGGAAUUACAGCUGCAGGCUUUACACGUCAUUAAAGAAAGAAACGGUGGUCUGCCCGAGUGUCUGACAGAUGGUGUGGAUGUCAUGAGUGAACUGGAGAAGCAGGAAAUGAACAUUCUUCAGGAGGUUCUUAGGAGGUCGAAAGAGGAGUAUGAGCUGGAGAUAGCAGACAGGAUAGAGGAGAAGGAGGAGACGGCCUCCACGUCCAGCAGUUUAUCUGAAGCGCUGCUGGGAACAGCGUGUGAUUCUGUGAACGGUAUCAACGGCACUUCACAAGAGAACGAGCUGAAGGAAUAUGGAGUUCUGAAGACUUCACCUCCGUCAUGUGCGAGAAAGACACUACCUGCUGUAAGGCCACCUGUGAAGGGUUCUGGAUCGGCCGACCCUACAACUUCAGAGAUCCUGAGCGACAGUGACAGCUCCAGACGUCUCGCUGACGAGGAGGGUCUACAGCGGCGCACUGAGUAUCUGAAGCAGCAGAGAGAUAAAUUGCAUGCUCUGAAGAGAGAUCAGACACUAAAGAGCCCCACAGAAAGUGCUCCUGUGGCCCCGGACCCCAGACACAGCACACAGGUACUUACCUUCAUUCAUUCUGUGUCCGUAGAUUCCCGAGCUUCCCUUGCAGUCUUAAAGAAAUCCCCACUGAUUGGUUAUCUAAACUGCCCAAAUCAUAACUUCCCUUCAUUAAAGUCCAGGAGGUCGAAAGAGGAGUAUGAGCUGGAGAUAGCAGACAGGAUAGAGGAGAAGGAGGAGACGGCCUCCACGUCCAGCAGUUUAUCUGUAGCGCUGCUGGGAACAGCGUGUGAUUCUGUGAACGGUAUCAACGGCACUUCACAAGAGAACGAGCUGAAGGAAUAUGGAGUUCUGAAGACUUCACCUCCGUCAUGUGCGAGAAAGACACUACCUGCUGUAAGGCCACCUGUGAAGGGUUCUGGAUCGGCCGACCCUACAACUUCAGAGAUCCUGAGCGACAGUGACAGCUCCAGACGUCUCGCUGACGAGGAGGGUCUACAGCGGCGCACUGAGUAUCUGAAGCAGCAGAGAGAUAAAUUGCAUGCUCUGAAGAGAGAUCAGACACUAAAGAGCCCCACAGAAAGUGCUCCUGUGGCCCCGGACCCCAGACACAGCACACAGGAAAUCUCUGUUGAAGAGAAGAAGAAGCUGCAGAAAAGAAAACACCUGGCAGAAAAACUCAAAGAGGAAGUCAUCAAGAAAUAAUAAUGCUGUGGAGCUUGACGUUACACAGUUUUGUAUAGGAUUUCAUUUGUAUUUUUUUUAUCUAAAAAUCUUGUAUUAGACAGUGGUCUGACAUGAUCUUCUAUGAACACCUCAAAAGACUGUUUUGAGAACUUACAGUCAGAGAGGUGUCAAACUCAGUUCCUGGAGGGCCGUUGUCCUGUGGAGUUUAGCUCCAAACCAACUACAACACACCUUCUGUGAAGUUUUGAGGUAAUCCUGAAGACCUUGAUGAGCUUGUUUUGGUGUGUUUAUUUAGGGUUGGAGCUAAACUCUGCAGGACACCGGAGACCUCUGCAAUAACACCUUUGAAAAUGAUAUUCAAUCAAACGGCUUGCACCAGAGCUAUUGAAUAUGAUGUUCACCAAAGCAUGAUCUGUUGUGUUUGUACAUACACGGCACUCUUCACUGAUGUUGUUUGGCAGGGCAAAAGUGUUCCACUUUUCUUAUUCAUUAUAUGCAUAUUUUGUCAUUUCAAGAAUCGUUGACAGAAGUUUUGUGGAAAAUUUCAAUAAAUUAAAUUUUUUUUGUCA